GAUCGACUUAACUUUCAAAUGCAUUUUUUUGGAAAAUAUAAUUGUAAAUGAUGACGAUUUAAGUCAUUUGAUAAAAACAGCAUCGGAAGAUAUCUAAAGACCUAAUUUUUGUGUUUUUUUUAAUACACGGUAAUUCUAACAGAUCAUUCCAUGCGUUUUCUCAGCGUGUCCGCUAGCACGAUGGAUGAAAGUCUGUCCCCAUCGGGUCGUUUAGUAAGAGGCCCUGGAAACCCUUCGAGGAUCCACAGUAUAGAAGCAAUUUUGGGAUUUACUAAGGACGAGCAUCUUCUGCAUCCCUCAUUCCCUAAUAAUGUCAGUACAAGGCAGGUAAAAGAUCCCUGCAAGACCUCUCCUCUGAAAAAAGAAGAUCAAGAUGCGGAUUGUUUUGAUAGUGUCUACAACACGUCAAGGGCAUCCGUCAGUCCUGAUUUACCAGAAGCAAGAGAAAAUGAGAAUAAAAUGAUAGACGAAGAUCAUCCCAAAAAGAAACACCGGCGGAACCGGACAACUUUCACGACAUUCCAGCUGCAUGAACUAGAAAGAGCCUUUGAGAAAUCUCAUUACCCCGACGUGUACAGCAGAGAAGAACUGGCCAUGAAAGUGAACCUGCCAGAGGUCAGAGUCCAGGUUUGGUUUCAAAACAGGAGAGCCAAAUGGAGGCGACAGGAAAAACUGGAGGUGAGCUCAAUGAAGCUUCAGGACUCUCCAAUGCUCACGUUUAACAGAUCUCCUCAACCGCCAUCAAUGGGAAAUCUCAGCAACAACUUACCUUUGGAACCUUGGCUCACGCCUCCAAUGUCUGGCGCUACAUCUCUCCAGAGCCUUCCUGGUUUUAUACCCACUCCUCAAGGUCUUCCAGCAAGCUACACGCCACCACCCUUCCUAAACGCAUCUCCAGUAGGACAUAAUUUGCCACACAUUGCAGCCCUGGGACCCCCGCCACCUUAUCAAUGUGGAAAUUCUCCUUUUAUUGACAAAUUUCCCAUGGAGGAAAGUGACCCCAGAAACUCUAGCAUUGCUUCAUUAAGAAUGAAAGCCAAGGAGCACAUUCAGUCUAUUGGAAAGAGUUGGUAGACGCCUACAAUGGACGUCCAUUUGUCCCUGUCUCUGCAUACUGACCCGAGUUACUGUAAUUGUAAAGAAUACUGUACAGAUAUCAGAAAUGAUUUCAUAAUCAAAACCCGUCUUAGACAAAAGUAGCUUCAUUACUUUCUCACUCAGUGUAUUGUUCAAAGGUGAAAUGUGAAAGAACUCGAGCCCGCACUUGCUUUUAUAUUUUUAACACAGUGAAAAGAAUGUUGCACGUCCACUCAUCCUGAGUCAGUCUGAAGCAACACUGGGUUAUCUUUAAAAACUUUAAUAUUUUAUUAAAAAGUGAAAUUAUUCAGUAGUAGUGUUAAAUGUAUUACAAAACUCAUGUAAAUUAAUCAAAUUGGCAUUUAUAAAAUCAGUUUAUGCAUUUGAAUGAACUUUGCAUUGGUAUUCCUUAGCAAGCUUAAUAAGAAUCAAAUACAUGAAUGACAUGAAAGCCUACUUUUUUAAAGAAAGCAACUUUACUUUACAACACACUAAUGACUUGGAAGCUCAAUUUCCCAAAUGUUUAUUCUUUCUACCAUAUGCCCUUUACUCCCAAUGCUGUCCUUUAAGACCAUUAAAUUACACCUGCAGCUUGUCAUACCAGUUCAUGUUUUUUAACAUUAAGUAUUUUAUGGGCAUUGGAAGUAGAAAAAGUGCAAACUUAAAUAUUCCAGAUAGAACAUUCUCCCACUAUACUUUUCAACGUGCUGUGUGGAUGAAUGCCUGUAACAAAGUUUUCACACUUAUAAUUUGCCAUUUUGAUGCUUUUUGUUUUCAGAUUGCAGUUGUGCAUAAAUCAGUUUCUAGGCUGACUACUCGUUGUGAAGGCAUUUUUGUAUACUAAUAAUUGAAUGAAAAUAAUCAAAUGUGAAAUGAAGCCUUUCUGAAGAAACGGAA